AUGUUAGAGGAAGAUGAUAAUGAAUUUCCAAUACACUUAAAUGCUUCACCACAGGAUGAAGAAAUUCGGGAGGAAUUAAAUCUUUUCACACAUCAGGGCAAUGGACAGCGGACCCUUAAUGCAUCAAUCGACGAUAUAUCGAACGACAGUCUUUGUAGAAGCAAAUUUGAUAUACUGAAAAAUGAAAAAGACUUUACUGAAACGGAUAAUGUCAGUGAACAAGCACAAUUCCAUAAGUUAAUACGAGAGCAUAGAAUCAAGGAAGUUACCGAAUCGGCCAUAUAUAGACUUUUAAAAAGAAUUGAUAGAACGGUUGAAUCAGAAAUUUUAACCAUCAUGAGAAGUGAUUUUGGUUAUAAUAAUAAUGAGAGGUGUAACAUUAAAUGCAGAAUUGGAUAUAGAAGAUUGCUUAACGGUAUAAAAAAAUACAGAAUUUUUUUACCUCUUAUCAUUUUUGGUGCGAUUCCUGUCGUACUAAUGCCAUCUAUGACGUCCUUAAGCAUGACGGAAACUCAAAAUAUCGCCAAUUUUGAUAUAGAAAAGUGGGCGCGAUUGUUGGAAGACGACCAGAAGCACCUUGUAGAACGCAAGACAGAAGAAAUGGAAAAAUCAGAAGGAGAAUACAGACACGGGUGA